UCGGGGGGGGCGGGGGCUACAGGUGCCCGAUGGGCCCGGAUAAAUAUAAGCUGCACUCACAGUUCCCCUGUGCAGACCUCAGGAGGGACAUUCAGAUAAACACCUGAAAAUAUCUGACGAUGGCCAUGCUCAAGAUCGCUCUGCUUCUCGCCGUUUGUCUUGAAGGCUGUGCUUUGGCUUCAGCUUUGCAAGUUGAUGCUGUGCAAAGUGUUCCUGACGACCAGAGAGCAACUGGGGAUGUCUGCCAGGACUGCACUAAAAUAAUUGAACUCCUUGUUGACAUGAUCUCCAACGCAGACCUCCAGAAAAAGAUGAUGGAUGGCAUUGAACAUGUGUGUGACCUCCUGCCUGGGCCAGCUACCACUGCCAAAGUCUGCAAAGACCAGGUGGAGAAGCUGUUCCCAGUGGCCCUCAACUUCAUUGUUGGUUUUGUGAAACCAGCAGAUGUCUGCAAUGCGAUCGGUCUCUGUGGCUCCGGUGACGAGCAGGAGAAGAUGCGCAGCUUUUUGGUCAAGGAACUCCUUCAGUUGGCUCUGACAAACGAAAAUGUGCAGCCCACAGUCACAUGCCCCUUCUGCCUUCUACUCAUCAAGACUUUGGAGGAAAUGCUGCCAAAAGACAGGACUGAGGAUGCUGUGAUCAAGCUGCUGGGGGAGAUCUGUCAUAUUUUGCCAUCCAAGUUCAGACAUCAGUGCGAGGACAUCGUUGGCAAGUUUAGCAAGACUGUGCUGGAUGCAAUUGUGAGCCAAGCCACCCCUCAGACCAUCUGCACUCUGCUCCAUAUGUGUGGCGGGCAGGAAGCUCCUGUUGUGGACCCAUGCACUUUGGCAACAUACAGGUGCAGAGACAUGGAGACUGCCUUCAAAUGUGGAACUGUUUUCUACUGUCAGAAAUUUGCCUGGAAUCGUUACAACACACUUUAAAAUGUUAAAGAUUGGACUGAUUUCAAUGUUCCCAUGGACGACCAAGAUCUUUCACCAGCAAGCUGCAAAUAUUUCCCUUAUUGCUCGGCCCGUGCCAUUCUCUAUGAUAAAUAACCUUUCCAGACACUGAUCGAUAUCUUGUGCAUUUUUUGAUUUUGCAUCGCCUGCCAGGACCUAGCUUGACCAAAUAUCAUAAACAAGAAGGUGAUUUGAAUUGUAAUGGCAUUAAAAGUACUAACAAACAGAUACAAAGCUCAACUCUAGGAAGAGAAAGUUGAAUGAUUAGGAUAUAAAAAUGAAAGGUCUUCACAAAUAUUCUGUUUACUUGACAAGAUUUUUGUACCAAUCUUUAUGUACAUAGUUUCAUUGCUUUGUCUGCUGUUUAGUUUAUUUUCUUAAUCCUUCAUACAGUCAGAUGAUCGCAGGAGAAUUAUCUGAAUAAAUGUUUAAAAUCACUUCAUCCUUCUCCUCUUCUGCCAAUAAACAGCUUAAAAAAAAU